AUGUUACUACACGAAAGUGCCAACAUGGAACAAAGUGUGCCCGAGAAUCUCAGCACGCAUGUGUUUAACGACAACUGUGAAAUGAAGUUGCAAGCGCCUUGCCACGAUCCCGAUCAAGCGGAUAGUGAGAACGGUUCCAAUUCCAACAGUGAUUUGCCCACCAAAGAAUCAAUCGCGAGUUCGAGUCCUGCGACCAGUGUGACCAGCCCGAGCCCGGCGCUCAGCAGCAGCAACAGCACAACCAAAGUGAAACUUAGUUUCAGUGUCGAUCGUUUGUUAAGCGCAGAGCGCAUCGAACCCUUGCCCAGCCCAAGCCCAAGCCAAACCCCAAAUCCUACGUCCUCAAGGCAAUGUUGUGAUGGCAGUGUCUAUGCCUGCUGUACAUUUCCCAGCUGCUUUGCCCAGCCCACCGAAGCGGCCAAGCACCCGCCAUUGUCUGCUUCACAAGGACUGACCAAUACACAUCAUGGCAGCUAUGCCUAUGCGGGCAUGGAAAAGUUCUAUCCGGGCUUAUAUAUGGAUUACAAGUCCGUGCUGAGACCCACGCCCAUACGUGCUGCUGAGCAUGCAACAACAUUUCCAACGUUGGCAACAAACGCACUUAUGCGUUUCCAUCAGCAGCAGCAGCAACAUCAUCAGCAGCAGCAGCAGCAACAGCAACACCAACAGCAACAACAACAACAACAACAUAAGGCAGCAACAUUGUUGCACAGCUCAACAUCGACGGCUGCGCUGCUGGCGCCGCUGAACAGCCUAAAGACGCUGCAGUUAACGCAGCAGCAACGUUUUCUGGCCAAGACGUCGCAGCAGCAAUUGCUGGACAUGCCCAGCACAGCAACAGGUGCCGCAAGCACAAUACAAAAUGGCGCUCACAGCAGCAACAGCAACAACAACAACAACAACAGCAGCAACGGCGGCAGCAACAACAACAACAACAACAAUGGCAAACGCAAGCGUUCCUGGUCACGUGCCGUCUUCACAAAUCUGCAGCGAAAAGGACUCGAGAUACAAUUCCAGCAACAGAAAUACAUAACAAAACCAGAUCGACGCAAAUUGGCCGCACGGCUGAAUCUGACCGAUGCACAGGUCAAGGUGUGGUUCCAAAAUCGGCGCAUGAAAUGGCGACACACGCGCGAGAAUCUCAAGAGCGGUCAUGAGAAGCAGCCGCCACAGCAAAUGGGCGCCGGCAGCAGCAGCACGUCCAAGACAAUGAUGGUCACGUCUGCUGUGGGCGCCACUCGCUCCCAUGAGGUGUUGGACUACAGCUCCGACAGCUGUUCCAGUGUGGAGCUCAGCGAACGAGCCGACGACGAUGAUGAUAACAUUGAAAUCGAUGUAGUCGAGUAG